CUGCCCUCCAGCUUGUGAGUGCAUUGUGCAGGUAGAGCCAGAGUCUCCAGCCCAGGACCCUGCAGGAUUAGGAGGCUUCUUCUUCUUCUUCUUCUUCCUCUUCUUCUUCACACUGGAAGGAGUUUGCAUUGCAGAAGUCAUCCAUCUCUACACAUUCCACUUGGAUCUUACCCUGGAGAAAGUCUUGCUUUGCACCAGUCUAGAGUCCUUGUGGUGCCCAGGCUCAGCUGUUUGGCCCCCUCUGUGGUUGUCCCUGGCCCAGCUGCUGUUACAGGAGCCCCCAUGUCUUCAUUUGACUCCCCACAGUUGUUGAUGGUGUGUGAUCCUUGGAUUCCUCAGCAGGAUUGUAGCAUCCAGAGCUGCACUCUGCAGAACUGCUGCUGUCUCUUCUCCUGCUGAUCACUGGAGGGAAGGAGGACACAGCAGCUGCUUCAUUUCAGGGACAGGUCUGCUGAACCUCAGCCCACCUGCCCAGCCUUGUGAUUUGGUCUUUGCUCUCCCCCAGGACAAGUUGUCAGGAUCCCUGGACUCCCAGCAGGUCACUCAUCCUCAGGAGGUUGGAUUCAUGUCCAUCUUAGGGCUAGAGAGGCCAGACAAACGGUCCCUUUCUUGGAAGCUUUUCUAAGAUGAAGUUAUGGGCUAUCUUGGCUGUCUGCAUUUUGCUGUUGAGAUCUGUGUCCAACACCCCGUUGCCUUCAAGCUGGUCAACUGGUAAGAAGAGAUCUAGUCAAGAAUCCCUGCUGGAAGACGAGGACUCGGCUUUGGGAAUGUACGCAGCGAAUUCUGAGCGUCCCACUGCCGUGCAGGGGCAACAAGGCAUCCAACAUAACUUUGCAGCUGAAGUGCCCGAUGACUACCCCGAUCAGUUCGAUGAUGUGUUGGAGUUUAUUCAAGACACCAUAAAAAGACUUCGGAGGUCAUCCAACAGGCAAUCCCUCUCCAGACGAGACAGAGGAAGAGCUGCUACAAUAGACUCCAGUAGAAAGUCAGAUUCCAGUAAAAAGACGAGCAAGGAGACAAAAAAAAGGAGAAACAAGGGAUGCGUUCUUAGGGAGAUACACUUGAAUGUGACUGAUUUGGGUUUGGGCUACGAAGCCAAAGAAGAACUUAAGUUCCGGUACUGCAGUGGGUCCUGCAAUAACCCAGAGACAACUUAUGACCAAAUUCUAAAAAACUUGACCAUCAAGAAAAAGUUGGUUAACGACAAGGUGAAGCAAGCAUGCUGCAGGCCCAUUGCCUUUGAUGAUGACGUUUCAUUUCUGGACGACAACCUAGUUUACCACACCUUGAGGCAACAUUCCGCUAAGAAAUGUGGAUGCGUAUGAUUUCAUUUUUUGGAUAGCCGUGCGGCAGUGCGUAUUGCAUUCCUGAAAUAAGGCAAAGGAAGGGAUCAAGUUUCCGCCACGUAGAGGUCUCCCGGAAGUCAGAGAUGGAGAAGAGGACCAAGGAUGGUUGGGCAUGGAGCUAUCAUGAAAAUCUGUUGUGGCAUUAAUCCAGUGAUUGCCAGGAUAUAAUAAAAAAUAAAUAAAAAAAAUCCUCCACAGGAGAGAUGCAGACACUGCUCUAAGACGGGGGAUGGAUUUUGACAGAUUUUUCUAUAUGUGACUCACCAGCAGUGUUGACUGGAAAGGUCGAUAUCCAGCUUUUAAGCACCGGCAUUUAUACAUCAUGCAUGUCAGGUUUUUCCUGUAUAUCUUUUUGUUACAUCAAAAAAACAAGUGUAUUACAUAAUCCGUUAGUUCUGUGUUUUGGGGUUUAAUUAAAAUUUUUGCUACUCCAGUUCAUAUUACUUUACUGUACCAAAUACUGUCAGUCAUUCUCAGUACAAUCUACAGGUAAUUAUCAAUGA